GAGCGAGAGAGAGGGUCAGUUGGGGCUGUUUUACACACAAGCGACCAACAUCUUUUCCUCUUAUUCACAAAUCCCCUUCACCGGAGGUUCUCGCCGGCGGGGGACAUCGGAGUUCGGAUCUCCGGUGAGUUGAGGCGACGGUCAUCAGGACUCAUAUAGACUCGAUCUAGCCUUUUCCCGUGCUUUUCACUCUCUUCUGCGACGGUUUUGGUGGUCUUUUUGCCGUUUCCGGAACGGCCAUAUCGAGAUGAACGCGAACGGGACGGAGAACGUCAUGGCGGCGAGUCCGGAGCGCGAGUACAUCAGGAGGCAUCACAGGCACGAGCCUAUGGAGAAUCAGUCCAGCUCGACGCUUGUCAAGCACAUCAAAGCUCCUGUUCAUCUCGUAUGGUCUCUUGUGAGGAGAUUCGAUAAGCCGCAGAAGUACAAGCCGUUCGUCAGUAGGUGUGUGGUGAAGGGAAACCUUGAAAUUGGUACUGUAAGAGAAGUUGAUGUGAAAUCCGGGCUACCGGCUACUAAAAGCACAGAGAGGUUGGAAUUUCUUGAUGAUAAUGAGCAUAUCCUCAGCAUCAGGAUUGUCGGCGGUGACCAUAGGCUCAAGAACUAUUCUUCCGUCAUAUCGCUUCACCCGGAGACAAUAGAAGGAAGACCGGGAACACUAGUGAUUGAAUCAUUCGUGGUGGACGUGCCGGAAGGUAAUACAAAGGACGAAACUUGCUACUUCGUGGAAGCUCUGAUCAAAUGCAAUCUUAAGUCAUUGGCGGAUGUCUCUGAACGUCUCGCAGUUCAGGACCGAACUGAACCGAUCGACAGCGUCUGAGAUAUAACGGGAAAGAUUGAAAAAAAAAAGAGAGAACAGAUAUGAAUGAUGAUCAUAUCAUUAUUGUUGGAAUGGUGAUUCGCCAUUGGAUGAAGGGCUUUCCAAGUGGAGAAACGGACAGGGCAUUUAAUCACCAUCCACCCAUACCAACAAAAAAAAAAAAGAGUUGCCUUUUUUAACUUUCCAUUUUGUCCAUUUUUAUUUGUAAGGCGUUUCUUCUAGAACCAAAUAUGAUUUUGGGGGGUUUCCCUUCUUUGAGGGUAAAAGAGAAAAAAAAAAAGGCCCUCUUUCUGUCUCUCUCCGAAGGAGGGACCACCACACACCACUUGCAGGAAUCUUACAAUUUGAUGUAUAUCCGGAAACAGUGACAGCUGGAGGGCCUGCUCCCUUCUUUCUUUGAGAGGAGGCUUGACUCCUGAGGUCCCACUACUAAUCACUUCACCAAGUUUUAGCCUUUAGGUUUCUUCUUCCUUUUUCCUUUUCCCGCUAUUUUUGUUUGGUGAGUAAGAAGAGAGGGAUAGAGAGAGAGAGAAAGAUAAGAGCCAAUCAACCUUUUUUUUUGUUGUUGUUGUUGUAGGGAGGGGUGGGUAUGUUUUACAAGAAUGAUGGAGAAAAGUUCCGUUCGUUUCGA